CAGAACAGAGCGGUGGGUAUGGGCUCCAAGCUCUCCACCAAGAAGCUUCGUCGACUUGUUGAGCGUGGUGAUGAGGCCAAUGCCUUACUUCUCAUUGCAGAGGCAAACAACCGCAACAAGCAGUUGAAUCUGGGCGUGGUCUUCACGAGUCACGACUCGAUCACGCUGCUGCACCUGGCGGCGCUGAUGGGCAUGCCCAAUCUUGUUCGCGUUCUACUCGACUCGGACGCGGUUGACAUCAACCGGACGACCCAGAGCUCGGGUAGAUCGCCUCUGCACUUUGUGUGCUCACCGACCAAGAUGCUGCUGUCGCAGUUUACCCCCGGCGAGCGUGCGGCGGUGGCACGGAUCCGAGUCGAUCUGGCCAAUGCCCUAUCAGCUACGCCCGAGACAACGAUGGAGAUGGCGCUGGCGGCCCUGAGUGCCGGGGACCGCGCUCUUUAUUCCGCCGCCGUCCGGCAGGACGCCAACAACCGCGAGGUGCUCGAGCUCCUGCUGGCGCGGGAAGACAUCAACGUCUCGUUGGCAACAACAGAGGGAGUCACGCCGCUGCACCAGACCGCGUACGACGGCUACUUGCACGGGAUGGAACGGCUUGUUGCGACCGGCCGGGUCGAUGCCAGUGCACAGGACGCCCGCGGCAACACGCCGCUGCACCAGGCUGCCAUGCAGGGUUUUGACGCCGGCGUCGAGCUGCUGCUCGCCAUUGGUCGGACUCGCUACCUCACGAUGUCACCGAUCAAUGUCAUGAUCCGCAACAACAAGGGCCGUACACCGCUCGAGGCAGCAGCCUCCCGCGGCAAGUGGGCCUCGGUCCGCCUUCUGCUCGAGGCCGGAACCGCGGUCCUGCCGCACCCGGACGACCCAGCGUUCUCUGCGCUCGGCCUGGGCUUUAUCCGUGACACGCUCGACGAAGUCAUCGACGGUGACGACGAUGGGCUCGGCCUCAACGAUGACGAUGCGUCGUCGGGCUCGCUCUCGGGCGCACCUCCCGAGACUCCCGCCGGCCUGCGCCGACUCGGUCGCGACUGGGCCUACCGCGUCCACGUCUCGGGCUCGGACGGUGGCUCGUCCGACUCGGCCGAGGAGGCCGGCUGGUCACGAUCGCGCGCUCGUAUGUCGAGCUUUCCCGACGUCGGCACAAGCUCCGAUGCAGGCGAGGCCGCGUCGUCGUCGCGGGUCCCUGCCGAGCGGCAGGUCGCGCUCGACACGGCCGAGAUUGGCGACGAGCGCGACGAUCGCAUUCUCGCCGUCGUCGCGGCGCUCGACGUCUCGCCCGGAGCGGCGCUCGCACUGCUGCAGCACAACACUUGGGACGCCGACGCGACCAUCGCCUGGUACCUGCGCAACCCGGCUGCGGCGUGCGAUGCGUGCGGAAUCCUCAACCAGGAAGAGGUUCAGGAGGCGCGUGCGCUGCGCGCCGACACUACCAUGUGCCUCAUCUGCAUGGACGACAUCGAUGACGGUAUGGUGGAGGCAACCGACUGCGCCCACGUCUUUUGUCGCGCGUGCUGGGCGUCGUACCUCGGCGUCGCCAUCCGCGACGCCGCUGUCCGUGUGGUCACCUGCCCGGGUGUCGGGUGCGCGGCCCAGGUUGCCGACGCCGUUGUCGAGCGCCUUGUCGAGCCCGAAACCUACCAGCGCUAUCUCCGGUUCAAGGUCCAGGCCUUUGUCGACGAAGAUCCGCGGACCAAGUGGUGUCCCGCGCCCGGAUGCGAGCUCGCUGUCGAGGCGCCACCGACUUGGGUCGUCGACGGACCGGGCACCGAGGAGAGCACCGACGGCGCCGGGCCAUCGUCUGACUCGACGCCGCCGUCCGGACACCUCCGGUCCAACGUUCGCAACGCCGAGUGCGGUGCCGGACACACGUUCUGCUUUGCCUGCGCCGGCCCAGCCCACGAGCCGGCGGCGUGCUCGAUGCUCCGGCGGUGGGACGACGCCAUGUCGCGCAAGCUCAAGCAGCCGAGAAGCGAUGAGAAGACCCGGCAGUACCUGCUCAACGAGGGCAUUCGGGUCUGUCCCAACCCGGCGUGUGACAGGCUGCUCUCACGCAACGGCGGCUGUAACCACUUUCGCUGCGGCGGCCACGGCGGUGGGACAUCCGGCUGCGGCUACGAGUUCUGCUGGGUCUGUCUCUCGCCGUGGCGCGGACACACGUCGGCUAUCUGCUCGCGCGGCAAGAGUACGCUCGCCAAGCGGCUGCGUGAGGGCGCAGCUGAGGCGACCAUCCAGCGCGACGAGCGCUUCGAACAUCACUUUACCCGGUUUCGGACCCACUGGCUCUCGGAAGAGGUGGAGACCAAGCUGCGGGCUGCAACCGAGGAGGUCAUCGCCAUGGUCCACGACGUCAUGCCCGACCGGGUCUCGAUGCACUUUCUCCGCCUCGCCUGCCAGGCGCUCAUUCAAGCGCGGGCCACGCUCAAGUACGCCUAUGUCCGCGCGUACUUUAUGCAGGACGGGCUCGAGCUGCGCACCCACGAGCAUGCGGUUGCCACCCUAGAGCGGUACGUCGAGAGCCUCUCGGCCGUCCUUGCGCUGCCGUACCAGACCGAACUCAACGUCAGCCAUCGCGGAAACAUUGCGCUGCUCAGGUUUGCCAUGUUUAUCUGGCUCUCACGCUCGCGGGUCUGGCGGCUGACAACGCUUGUCGACUCUUGUCGGCGCAACCUGCUCGAGGUCGCCCACGGCGGCCACACCCAGAUCCGCCACGUGGCCACCCCGUCGACCUCGCGCAGCUUUCCGCCCGCGCCGCGGUUCAUGUCGGGCCCACAAUCAGACGCCGGCCGGAGGGCAUGCUCAGCCUGUGGCGAAAUGCUCCCACGGAGCUCGUUUUCCAAGCGCCAGUGGGCGUUUGUCUCGGCGCGCCGCCGCUGCACCGCAUGCAUUGUCGCCAACCGGCCGUCGUCGUCCGGCGUGGUCACAAGCGCAAGGCAGGCUGCUUCUGACAACGAUUCUGACGACAGCGAUCCAGAGCUGGUCAAUAUCGCCGGCUUGUCAUCGGCACCCGGCGGCGCCUCGUGGCACCGCCAGAUGUUCUCAACCACGGGUGCACCAGCGUCCGACUUUGACGGUCAGGUUUCAUCGACCGUCGUUGUCUCGUCGUCGUUCAAGAGGUCAGCGCCCGUCAAGCUUGCGCAUCCCAGCGGGGACGGCGCGUCAUCGUCAUCGUCUUCGAUUCCGGCAGCCCACACCAGCGCCCCGUCUGGCCGUCCCAAGUGGUUCUAUGACCAGUACGCGCAAAAGUGGGUCAAGAGCCUCUGA